AUGAAAGUCAAAUGUGAUAUCACCCGAGCAAAGCAUAAUUAUGUUUUAACAUCUUUCUUACUUUAUAUGGGCGUUUACCUUGUGUUCUUCUCAGUUCUAAUAUGUAUUGAUGAGACUCACCGCUUAGUGGCGCGUUCACGCCUGGCGAAUCAAACAGAUGUCAAUUCUGAGCUUCCGACAUGUGGAAUUCCUUAUGACGAACUUUGUUGUUCUGUCUUACAGUCGACAGAUCCAGAAAUUUUAAAAUACUGUGUACCUGAUGAUAUUCUUUUGCACAAUCGAAUUACCGUGUCAGUAUCCAUGGUAAUGAUUGCUUUUAUCUUACAGUUCGCUUUUAAAAUAGAUGGAAAACACAGUCGUCUCGUUGUUCGUACUCUAUGGACGUUUUACGCCGUGGCUUUUGUCUUUAUUACAUACAGAGUUCAUUAUGAUAGUUGUUUUCACAAUCAUACAUUUGAAUUUCUAAUCUUUCCUGGUGCGAUUCUCUACUGUAUCGUAUUAAGUCUGACGCCACAGGGUAGAGACUGCCAUCUCCCUUUGAACACAAAUGAUAACAACUCUAAUCAUGCACCAAUCGAAGUCGAUGGUGGAUCAACUGAACCUGCCGACAACACAACCAUCCUACGAGUGGAAAUAGUCUGA